CGCGGCUGGGUAUGGGUGGAGUCACUCAGGGCUCGGACGGUAGCCUGGAGAAGUCAUUCCGGGACGAGACGCCGCUUGCUAAUGGCUGUGUGGGUUGUGGGAGGCCGCCUUGGCCUCCGUGGGUGCUUUGGCACCUACAGGCUGCUUUGUUCCCGUUUCCAGAGCCGCGACUCUCAGAACGUGGAAGACGAGGACAGGAUACAGCCUUCCUCGAAGACACCCAAGAUCCCCAAGAUUUACACCAAAACAGGAGACAAAGGGUUUUCUAGCACCUUCACAGGAGAAAGGAGACCCAAAGAUGACCAGGUGUUUGAAGCUUUGGGAACUACAGAUGAAUUAAGUUCAGCUAUUGGGUUUGCUAUGGAAUUAAUCACAGAAAAGGGCCACACAUUUGCUGAGGAGCUUCAGAAAGUCCAGUGCACAUUGCAGGACGUCGGCUCAGCCCUGGCCACUCCACGCUCUUCUGCCAGGGAGGCUCACUUAAAACGCACAGCCUUCGAGGCAGGGCCCAUCCUGCAGCUGGAGCAAUGGAUUGACAACUAUUCCAGGCAACUCCCGCCUCUCACAGCCUUCAUUCUACCCUCGGGAGGCAAGAGCAGCUCUGCACUACACUUCUGUCGUGCUGUGUGCCGCCGAGCUGAGAGACGUGUGGUGCCUCUGGUCCAGAUGGGAGAGACGGAUGCAAAUGUGGCCAAGUUCUUAAACAGGUACCCCCCGGAAUGUGAGAGUCUCUCUCUGAAAGAGCAGGCACAUCUGUGGGGCAGAACAGCAGGCAGCGGAACUGGGGAGCACCGCUGGGCUACACCCACUUUCUCCACCUGGGUCUCUGUGUGUCUGCUGUGUGCCAUGAGGAGACACUGUUGCUGCCUCUGAUGAGGUUAAGAUGGACUUGGGAGAAACAUACCGAAGUACAAAGGAACAGGACAGUAGCGAGGGCUGCCCUCAGAGGCCCCAUCUCGGCCAGCGUCCCCUCCCGGAGAGGCCCCAGGCAGGACCUGUGAGCCGGGCCAGCCCAGGUGGGACCCCACCCCUCCCCGUCAGCCUCAGUCCAGAGCCUGCCCUGAUAAUGUCCACGCAGCCUGGCUCGUGCGGUACCAGUGUGGGUGCAGCUAGAGCCCCAGGGCAGGCAGAGAGCUAGGGGACAGGAACUGUCCUGGUUGUGCUGAAAGUGACUGUGGAUUCUUCUCACGGAGGAUGCGGCCUGGGUUUGGACAGUCCUGACCAGUUCCCUUCCUCUUGGGAGGGCGUCCCCUUAGCAGCAGCAGCCCUGAUCCCUGGGGAGCCUGAUGGUCUGCAGGGGGCUGUGGUCUAGGGCCAUUUCUCCCCUCAGCAGGUUUUCUGGAGCCAACAAGAAACCAACACACCACUGCCCUCCAGGAUCACAUGACACAGGAGGCAGUGCACAGAGCAGCCUCCUCUGUUGUCUCCAAGAGGGAGAGUACAGGGCUCCACGUCUGGGGAGGAGAGGACUGUGGGUCAGGGAGGGUUCUAUGGAGCUGGCCUCAGAGGUUAGGAGCUGGCAGGAAGGGCCAGACCUGGCAUCUUCUCCUGUGUUCUCCCGACUGCUUUCACCACAGAAAGCCUCCUGCCCAGAUGCCCACCACCACUGGUUCUAAGAAAGCAGGGACUAGGUUCUGGCCCUAGAACAUUCCAGGCCAGUGCCUCUCAACCAGGACUGGCAGUGUCUGGACGCACUUUGGUUGUCUCAGCUGGGUAUCCAAAUGCUACUGGCAUGCAGUGGAUAGAGGCCAGCAGUGCUGCUCAGCACCCUGCAAUGCAGUGAACCAGAAUGUGUUCAGUACCAAGGUCAAGAAUGCUGCCUAGGGCCUCUCUGCUCCAAGUAUGGGUGUGGGUGCAGGAGUACCAGCCUGGCCUGGGCUGGGAUUUGAUCUGCAGAAUCUAGGCCCGGCCCAGCCCUGCUGCAUCAGUAUCUGCACGUCACCCAGAUCCUGGUGACCCGUGUGCUUCUGCAGUUUUAGAAACCCCCAUCCUGGUGUGAAAUGAGCUCAUGGAGUGGCCCCAAGUUCCUUCUCUGAGAGUUAGGGCUGGGUCAGCCCUCAGCUCUCACGAAAGCCGGGCACCGUGUCCCUGCGUGGUGCUCCUGCAGAUGCUGUGGCUUCAUGCUUCCUCCUUGAAAGCCAAUAGAUAGGACCUGGCUAGCAGUGAUCUCUCAUUUCAAACCCUUCCCUCUGCUUCUCUCUGCCCCUCCAGACUCAGUGAUUAUCUCUUCACAGUAGCCAGAUACGCGGCCAUGAAGGAAGGAAAUCAAGAAAAAAUAUACAAGAAAAAUGACCCAUCACAUUGAGCCUGAGGCUCUUGGAGAUAAUGGAAGGAGAGCUUCCUAGGCCCCUCUGUGGUCAUGGCAGGGAAGUUUGCCUUCUGGGGUCCGGGUUCCUGAAGAGCUCACCUGAGAGGCUGGAAGUGGGUCUCGGUGCAGACUCAGCUUUGCCUCACUCCCCCUGCUACUUCCCUUGAGGGACUGGGGCGCUAAAGACUUUUGUCCCCGCCUCCCCAGGCUGCCCUUGGUCUUGGAGGAAGUGGGAAUAAAUUUAGUAUUGCAGAAAAGAAAGGUAAAGUGAUGACUGUGAAGUAAAGGAGCCAGAUGGAAAAAAAAAAAGAAUAAACAUGGGAAGGGCUUGA